AUGCAUCUAUGGACCGAUAAAUUUGUCGACUGGAAACAAGUUCUCAAUGUCACAGUAACAUCUACAAGCGGAAGGCGAACCACAUGCUAUGGUACGGAUGGCAAUCUGUUCGCCACAAACUACGGAUCAACCAGUCUCGGUGAUGCCACCGUAAUCGUCGACAAAACGGGCGUUUUGACACAGCCAGCAAGAGAUCUCGCACCUGAUCAGGAUCAAAGCUCUCAAGCACUUGACAAAUACUUCUCGAACGGCGCUGCCGAACUCAUGUCACAAUCGAGCUUAUUCAUCUUUCGAACUCUACAGCCCUUGUGGCAUAACGACACCUUCGCCAGCGAGUUCAUCCACUACUUCAUGAAUCGAGCUGGAGGAUCGCUACGGCUGACGGACCCAAACAUGCCACUACCCACAUUCGCAGACGUCGAGACGCCAAUGAACCAAGCAUACUCACGACUCUUUGCCAUUUGGCUCGGUGUGAACAGGGAGCUUCUUUUCGUGCCGGCAAACAACACAACAACGCCACAGGUCUCUGGCAUCGUCAUAACACCUGAAGAACGCCUGCUAUUUGUCACUCCCCUAUUCAUCAUCUCGGAGUGUAUCCUCAGCAUCUACAUUGUCGUCUCUCUCAUCGUCUACUUGCGCCGUCCAGGUCGCUAUCUCGCGCGCAUGCCUACCAGUCUCGCUGCGGUUAUUGCACUCUUUGCUUCAAGCGCUGCUGUCAAGGAUCUACGCGGUACAGCUUACAUGACGAACAAAGAGCGCGAGAAGUAUCUUGAAGAGUUGGGCUGCAGGUACGGGUACGGCAGCUAUGUAGGCGGUGAGGACAGUGUUGUACAUGUAGGUAUCGAGAAGAUGCCCUUUGUGCAGUACCUGAAGGAAGUCAGCUUUGUGGGAAGUAUGGCUGGGAAAGGUGUAAAGAGAAGGGGGGAUUCUGCUGCGUCCGAAUAUAAGGUGUUUGGGAAAUACACCCGCAUUUAG